AUGGCUGCAGUAUACAAGGCGGUAUCGAAGAAGAAGUCUCGCGAACUCGCGAGGCAACAGGAUUCAGAUGAUGACGACGUUAUGAUGGAGGAGUUGCUCGACGACGCCGACGACACUAGCGAUAGCGACGAGGAUGAGGAAAACACCGCCGAUGCUGCCAAGAAGCAGCUCGCUGCUGGAAUGAUGCCCAAAACCCGUGUUCUUAUGCUCACCUCGCGAGGUGUCACAUCUCGUCACCGACAUCUCCUCGCCGACAUGACCUCAUUACUCCCUCACACUCACAAGGAAAGCAAAUUGGAUUCGAGAAAGAAGGCCGCCGGUUACAAUCUGCUCCUGAACUCCCUCGCUGACCUCAACUCCUGCAACGUAAUUUUCUUCCUCGAGGCCAAGAAGAACGGCCAAGAUCUGUACCUGUGGCUCUCGCGGCCUCCGAACGGCCCUACGAUCAAAUUCCAUGUCAACAAUUUGCACACAAUGGCCGAGUUGAACACUGGGUUCGCCGGUAACUGUUUGAAGGGUGGUCGCGGUGUCGUUGUUUUCGACAAGUCAUUCGACGAGCAGGGUCCCGUCAUGAGCCAGCCGGGCAACGAGUACCGGGGAUUGAUCAGGGAGAUGCUCCGCAGCGUCUUCUGUGUACCGAAGCGUGGUGUCAAGGGCAUGAAGCCCUUCGUUGACCGUGUCAUCGGUAUCUACGGUGUCGACGGCAAGAUCUGGAUCCGAGUUUACGAGAUCCGAGAGUCAGAAGGUGGAAACAAGAAGAAGGAUGGCGAGGAGGAAUCCGACAAGCCUGCAUACAACCCCAAGGACGGCCCGGAGCUUUCCCUUGUCGAGAUCGGUCCUCGAUUCGUCCUUACGCCCAUCGUUAUCCUCGAGGGCAGCUUCGGCGGCCCCGUCAUCUACGAGAACAAGGAGUACGUUAGCCCCAACCAGGUCCGUCGCGAUAUCCGGGUUAGCAAGGCUGCGCGGUACGCCAAGCGGAGGGACGUACAAACUGAGAGGCUGUCCAAGCGAUCAGGCUUGGAGCUGGGAGCGGGCGAGAAGAAACCUGGUGCCCUGGACACCCGGAGGUUGUUUGGCUAA